AUGGUUCUCGGUCCGAGGGUUUGCGGUCAGCUGUUUGCGGUCCAAAGAAGAAUCCCUCGCACGUUUGCGGUCUUGACCGAAAACCCGAUUUCGGUCCGAGGAAAGUGGGGCCUGCGAAGAUUUUUGAAUCUCUACACUGUUCAAUAUUCGUUACAUAUUACGGUAGCGGAAAGCAGGGUUUCAAAUUUCUUCACAACAGAGUUCCGAUUUCCGAAAAGAUCCGUUGGUUUUUUGGACGAAGAGCUCAAAUCAGCUGAAAUCUACUUUAUAACCACAUUCAAACUUUGA